GCAAUCCUUCUCUGCUGUAAAAUAAAAAAAAAUUGCCAUCUUGAGCUCCCAGACAAGCCAUUAGAGAGAGGGGGAGAAAAUGGACGAGGUUGCGGCGGUUUCGAAGGGUGGAUUGGAGUUAGGUCGACCGGCUGUAGUGCUAUUAUGCGGAAGUCUCGUAUACUACCACUGCGCGUACCGGGAUUCAAGCCUCCUGUCGCUCUUCUCUGACGUUCUCAUCGUCCUCCUCUGUUCUCUCGCCAUCCUGGGCAUGCUCUUUCGCCAGAUGAAUAUCUCGGUACCAGUUGAUCCCCUUGAAUGGCAAUUAUCUCAGGAUACUUCCAAUAGCCUUGCUGCUUGUUUGGCUAAUACAAUAGGAGCAGCAGAGUCUGUCCUAAGGGUUGCAGCUACUGGGCAUGACAAGAGGCUCUUUUUAAAGGUGAUUGUUAUUCUCUACGCACAAUCUGUUUUUGGACGAAUGGCAUCUGGCGCUACAAUUGCUUAUGCUGGAUUGUGCAUUUGUUGUAUCUACAUCUUUGCACAAAAUUCUUUGAUCGCCAAAUUCACUUGUAAGAUUGGAAGAAGAGAGUCUACUGCAGGGGCUCAAGAUAGCAUGCAAACGGAUGAAGCUUCCAUCAAAUAGUUUGAAAUACCUACAAUUCACCUAUAGAGGCUAUUGUAUUGCAGUUUACAGUGUAGGCAAACUUAUCAUUGUUCAUCUAAUUAUGUGUUUGAAAAGUUAUUUUAUUGAUAGAUUGAACAUGUUACUGUUUUUGUAUACCAUCAGUCAUGAGUUCCUUUCUACUAAAUUCUGGGUCAGCUCUAUAUAAUUGUUGUGGCAAUUAUGCUUUGUUUUAGAUCA